UUGGAGGGUUCACAAGGAGGAGAAGGGGACCCUAGUCCCUGGAAGCCCACUUGGAGCCCCCUCGUCUUGCUCUCCUGCCCUUUGGGGCUGGCUCCCUCCUGUUCGCCCUCCUGUCUCUGCUCCCCAUCCUUCCCUCCCUCCUCCUCCAUCUCUCUCUCUUUUUCUGCCUUCUCUAUUCUCCAGCUCUCCCCACCUUUGUCUCACUCCUCUUGACUGCCCUUUUUGCUUGUCCUCCUCUGCCCCCGGCUUUGUGAUUAGGAUCCUUCUCCUUGUUCGGGAUCCUUGACCCUCGCCUGCCGUUCUGUCUCCCAGUCUCCUGGCUUGACAGCUUUGACCUCCCAGCCUAGACUCUUCUUCUAGUACCCUCCCACCUUCUAGGGUCCUGGGGCUCUGGGCAGGAGCACUCCUCCCGAGGGGUAACUCCCAGUUCAGACUCCUCCCCUGCCCUGCUCACCUUUAAUUGAGAUGCUAAUGAGGCUCCUGUCACUUCCAACCUGGCUGGCAGGCGGGCUCCUGGGCCAGCCCGCUGCACCUGUCAGGGCUCAUGAAGGGGGACAAGCCUGAGGAGCAGGGGCCGGGCUCCCCACCUGCGGCCCCCCGGCCACCCACGGAGGAGGAGGAGGCCCUGAUCGAGUUCCACCGCUCCUACCGAGAGCUCUUCCAGUUCUUCUGCAACAACACCACCAUCCAUGGAGCCAUCCGGCUGGUGUGCUCCCAGCACAACCGCAUGAAGACAGCCUUCUGGGCUGUGCUCUGGCUCUGCACCUUUGGCGUGAUGUACUGGCAGUUUGGCCUGCUUUUUGGAGAGUACUUCAGCUACCCUGUCAGCCUCAGCAUCAAUCUCAACUCGGACAAGCUCGUCUUCCCCGCCGUUACCGUCUGCACCCUCAAUCCCUACAGGUAUAAAGAAAUUAAAGAGGAGCUGGAGGCGCUGGACCACAUCACAGAGCGGACGCUCUUCGACCUGUACAAAUACAACUCCUCCACAACCCUCAUGGAGCAUCGCCGCGGUCGACGCGACCUCGGGGGGACCCUGCCACACCCCCUGCAGCUCCUGCGGGACCCGCCCGCGCCCCACGGGGUCCACAGCGCCCGCAGUGCGGCCUCCAGCUUGCAGGACAACAACCCCCAAGUGAACAGGGAGGACUGGAAGAUAGGCUUCCAGAUGUGCAACCAGAACAAAUCGGACUGCUUCUACCAGACGUACUCGUCGGGAGUGGACGCGGUGAGGGAGUGGUACCGCUUCCACUACAUCAACAUCCUGUCGCGACUGCGGGACACCUCGCUCUCCCUGGAGGAGGAUGCGCUGGGCAACUUCAUCUUCGCCUGUCGCUUCAACCAGGUCUCCUGCAACCAGGCGAAUUACUCUCACUUCCACCACCCCAUGUAUGGGAACUGCUACACUUUCAAUGACAAGAACAAUUCCAACCUCUGGAUGUCUUCCCUGCCUGGGAUCAGCAAUGGUCUGUCCCUGAUGCUGCGCACAGAGCAGAAUGGCUUCAUCCCGCUGCUGUCCACGGUGUCCGGGGCCCGGGUCAUGGUGCAUGGGCAGGAUGAGCCGGCCUUUAUGGACGAUGGUGGCUUUAACUUGCGGCCUGGUGUGGAGACCUCCAUCAGCAUGAGGAAGGAAGCCCUGAACAGACUUGGGGGCGACUAUGGUGAUUGCACCCAAAGUGGCAGUGACAUCCUUGUCAAGAACCUUUAUGCUUCCAAGUACACGCAGCAGGUGUGCAUUCACUCCUGCUUCCAGGAGAGCAUGAUCCGGGAGUGUGGCUGUGCCUACAUCUUCUACCCGCGGCCCCAGGGAGUAGAGUAUUGUGACUACCGGAAGCACACCGCCUGGGGCUACUGCUACUAUAAGCUCCAGGUUGCCUUCUCCUCCGACCGCCUGGGCUGUUUCACCAAGUGCCGGAAGCCAUGCAGUGUGACCAGCUACGAGCUCUCUGCCGGUUACUCACGAUGGCCCUCAGUGACCUCCCAGGACUGGGUCUUCCAGAUGCUCUCCCGACAGAACAAUUACACUGUCAACAACAAAAGAACUGGAGUUGCCAAACUCAACAUCUUCUUCAAGGAGCUGAAGUACAAAACCAAUUCUGAGUCUCCCUCUGUCACGAUGGUCACCCUCCUGUCCAACCUGGGCAGCCAGUGGAGCCUGUGGUUUGGCUCCUCGGUGCUGUCGGUGGUGGAGAUGGCUGAGCUGAUCUUUGACCUCCUGGUCAUCACGUGCAUCAUGCUGCUGCGGAGGUUCCGGAGCCGAUACUGGUCCCCAGGCCGAGGGAGCAGGGGUGCUCAGGAGGUGGCCUGCACGCCGGCUCCAUCUCUCCCCUCCUGCAUCUGCCCCCAGCCUGCGUCCCCAUCCUCAUCCCAGCCUGGUCCUGCCACCUCCCCUCCACCUGCCUACGCCACCCUAGGCCCCCCUCCAUCUCUAGCAGGCUCGGCAGGGACCAGCUCCUCUGCCCAUACCCUGGGGGAGCCCUGAGAAGCAGAAAAGUGCCCCCCACAAUGCAGGUACUCCCUUGGCAGGAUUAAAGGAUGUUUGGGGUCCUCUCAGAGCUGCCCAUCUGCCUUUGGCAUGAGGGACAGAAGCAGGAUGGGUAAGGGGCUCAGGAAGUUGCUCAGAGAACAGGGGCCAACAAAGCAGCCCAGAAAUGCCCCGGCUCCUGCUCUGUCCCCGCUGCCUGUACCUCUAGAGCACUUAGCUUUCCCCACCCAAGUGUAGACAAGUCUCCUUUUCCUUUGGAUUAGCCAAGCCAAACUUGGAGCUUUGACAAGGAAUUUUCCUAGGAAACGUCUGAAGGCCAGAACAAAACACAGACAAGGGCACACAAAGGCAUGCACAGGUUUCUCACCCCAAGAUGACUGCUGCCAGCCCCACACUGGCCUGUCCACACUGCUUUCAGUGACAAAAAUGUCUGCUUUGCUUCUUGAACUUGGGUGGGGAACCCCACCCGAAAGCCCCCUUUGUUAGUUCUUGGGCAAUUCCCCUUCCCUGACUCCUUAGGGCAGGACCUGGAGCAGACCAAUGUGGUGAAGGCUUGGCCAUGGUCAGUUGGCCAAGGACACUUCCCGCCCCAUGCUCCCCAGGGCUGCACCCCAGCGCCUCUGCCCUGUGUCCUACACACCUCUGCAUGUGUGCUCAAACUGGUUCCUCUGCCUGGAAGCUUCUUCCAUUUUCUGCUGGCGAACUCCUAUGCAUCCUUUAGAGCCCUGCUGAGAUGCUACCACUUCUAUGAACGCUUCUGCUUUAGCUGGUCUCCCCUAGAACGGAUCAUUUCCCUCUCUCCUGGGCUCUCAUGACACACGGUAACAUUUAUUGGAUGUCAUAUUAUACAUUCUUGUUCAUUCGUGUCUGCCUCCCCAGCUAGACUGGGAGGGAGCUCCUUGGGUCCGGACCGAGUCUUGUUCGUUUAUGUAUGGUGAGGGCCUAGCCCAGUGUCCCACUUGGGGCAAGUAGGAGGAACUCAAUAAAUGUUGCCUAAAAGGA